CCUCCCCUGCUCUAAACUCACUGUCUCCCAACUCUGUGUCUCUCCACUCUGUCCCUCGCCUCUGCCUCUCUCUCCCCUCUCGCUCCCUCCUGGCUAGUUCCAGAAACAUACCCAUAUAUGGCCUCCAUGUCAAGGAUCACAAAUGAUGACAUCACGUGAAGGCCAAAGCUCCGAGAUGCUCUCUGAAGUGACAGUCUGUAUUCCAUGCACCCGGAGGAACAGAAGGCAUCAUCGCAGCUUCCUUGGUGCAAUCUUCAAACAGGAAAUCUGAGAUUCAUAACAUCUUAUAGUUUGGCUUGUCAUCACUGGUCAUGCGGUGGGCCUGAAAUAAACUCCCUGCUUCAAAGGAGAGCAUUUCAGAACUGCCUGGCAGAGCAGCCAGAAGCUCAGGGCCAGGGCAGAAGAAAAACUCAGGGAGCAUGCUCUGAAUUAAGACACUCUCAAGAAAUUUCUUUUUAUUACCCCUGAAUUGAACCUUUGUUUCAAGCUUAACAGGGUUUUCUGAUUUUCUGUUUCCUCCUUCCCACUUCGGUGUCUCUUCUGGAGGCUGGGGUGAGAGGUGGAAGAGGAUGGCCACGGAGAUCAGUGCUCGGGCCAGACAGCGUGCCAUCGGGCACGAGGAAUACAGUCUGUACAGCAGCCUGAGUGAGGACGAGCUGGUGCAGAUGGCUAUUGAGCAGAGCCUGGCGGACAAGACGCGGGGCCCAGCCUCUGCCGAGGCUGCUGCGUCUGCACGUGUCAACCGCGAACCUGCCCAUUUCUACCCAUGGACCAGGUCCGCUGCACCUCCCGAGAGCUCACCGGCCCCGGGCCCCAUGGGCUUGUUCCAAGGCGUCAUGCAGAAAUACAAGACCUCCCAGCUGGCGGCCGUGGACCCCCUGCUAAAGGCUAUCAAGGAGGGCGAUGAAGAGGCCUUGAAGGCCAUGAUCAAGGAAGGGAAGAAUCUCACAGAGCCCAACAAGGAGGGCUGGCUGCCCCUGCACGAGGCGGCCUACUACGGCCAGCUGGGCUGCCUGAAGGUCCUACAGCGAGCAUACCCAGGUACCAUCGACCAGCGUACCCUGCAGGAGGAAACGGCUCUUUACCUGGCCACAUGCAGAGAACACCUGGAUUGCCUCCUCUCACUGCUCCAGGCUGGGGCAGAGCCUGAUAUCUCCAACAAGUCCCGAGAGACGCCCCUCUACAAAGCCUGCGAGCGCAAGAACGCGGAGGCAGUGAGGAUUUUGGUGCAGUACAACGCAGACACCAACCACCGCUGCAACCGAGGCUGGACAGCUCUGCACGAAUCUGUUUCUCGCAAUGACCUGGAGGUCAUGGAGAUCCUGGUGAAUGGAGGUGCCAAGGUGGAAUCGAAGAAUGCCUAUGGCAUCACUCCCCUGUUUGUGGCCGCCCAGAGUGGGCAGCUGGAGGCCCUGAGGUUCCUAGCUAAGCAUGGCGCUGACAUCAACACACAGGCCAGCGACAGCGCGUCUGCCCUCUAUGAGGCCUGCAAGAAUGGGCACGAGGAGGUGGUGGAGUUUCUGCUGUCGCAGGGCGCCGACGCCAACAAGACCAACAAGGACGGACUGCUUCCUCUGCACAUCGCCUCCAAGAAGGGCAGCUACAGGAUCGUGCAGAUGCUGCUGCCGGUGACGAGCCGCACGCGCGUGCGCAGGAGCGGCAUCAGCCCGCUGCACCUGGCGGCUGAGCGCAACCACGACGAGGUGCUGGAGGCGCUGCUGGGCGCGCGCUUCGACGUGAACGCGCCGCUGGCGCCCGAGCGCGCGCGCCUCUACGAGGACCGCCGCAGCUCGGCGCUCUACUUCGCGGUGGUCAACAACAACGUGCACGCCACCGAGCUGCUGCUGCUGGCCGGCGCCGACCCCAACCGCGACGUCAUCAGCCCGCUGCUCGUGGCCAUCCGCCACGGCUGCCUGCGCACCAUGCAGCUGCUGCUGGACCACGGCGCCGACAUCGACGCCUACAUCGCCACGCACCCCACCGCCUUCCCCGCCACCAUCAUGUUCGCCAUGAAGUACGUGGCGCUGCUCAAGCACCUCAUGGACCUGGGCUGCGACGGCGAGCCCUGCUUCUCCUGCCUGUACGGCAACGGCCCGCACCCGCCCGCCCCGCCGCCCUCCAGCAGGUUCAACGACGCGCCCGCCGCCGGCGACAAGGCGCCCGGCGUGGUGCAGUUCUGUGAGAUCCUGUCCACCCCGGAGGUGAGCCGCUGGGCGGGUCCCAUCAUCGAUGUGCUCCUGGACUAUGUAGGAAACGUGCAGCUGUGCUCACGGCUGAAGGAGCACAUCGACAGCUUCGAGGACUGGGCCGUCAUCAAGGAGAAGGCAGAACCUCCGAGACCUCUGGCUCACCUUUGCCGGCUGCGGGUUCGAAAGGCCAUUGGGAAAUAUCGUAUAAAACUCCUAGACACAUUGCCGCUCCCGGGCAGGCUGAUCAGAUACCUGAAAUAUGAGAACACCCAGUAACCGGGACCUCGGGGAGGAAGGAGUAGCCCCUCAGACUGUUUUCACUGAGUCUCAGGACGGUGGUGUCCCCAAAUCCAAGGAGACCUGGUGACAGAACGAGGUUGCAGGCCACCUUCCUCUCAGCUGGUACAGCUGCCGUGAUCUUGCUGGGUCUCUGGACCAGAACUUUUCCCAGAGCAGAGAACGGAAUGUGUCAAGAAGGAGAAGAAUUAUUUGUUUUCAAACCCACGAGUAGAUCCCAGACCUCUGCCAUCGGGAAUGAACCUCCAUUCCUGGAGCCAGGAGAGGGGCCAGGGCAGAACUUGAGGUGGUCUGGGGAAGUCGGGGCCAGCAGGGAUCCCCUCGCCUCCAACCUGGGCUGCUGCAGCUGGAGAACUUUUAGGGAAAAUUUUGCCUAUCGAGGAUGGUCUCCUCCAGAGCAUUCCCCGUGCCCUACCCUUGCUCUGUGAAACUUUCCACUUCUGAGCUUUCUCCCCAAAGGCAUGGCCGACGGGAGGGACACCCUGGCUCUUGGAGGGCUUCAUUAAGUACAAUAAAUGUUGCGCACAUGA